UCCCACACUGGCUAUGGUGGCUGCCUGGAUCCUGCCCUGCCCUGGUCUCUUCUCCUCAGAGCAUCCCUAGUCCUUCCCUUCCUGCCCAACCCCACCUUGAGAAGAGGACCUAUGGCCUGGGAAGCCACAUGCCUGCUAUCCCCCAUCCUGCUGAUGCUCCUGGCCUCAGGCUCCUGGUCACAGGACACAGUGUUACAUCAAACAGUGGAGGGCAAGACCGUUUUUCUGAGUUGCCGGUAUAAUCCCAGCCAACGCUUCAAGAAGAAGGUGUGGUGUCAGGAAAAACCAAGAAAAACUUGUGAAAUCUUAGUGUCCAGCCUCAACACAGAUACUCAGAGGCCGAAAUUCUCCCUCCGGGACUAUCCUGAUUCUCAGUUCUUCACUGUCACCAUGACUGCACUCACAGUGAGAGACUCAGGUCCUUAUUUCUGUGGGAUCGCUGAAAAUCUCACAACGGUCUCUAUUCUCAGAAACAUCCACCUGAAGGUGUCAAAAGAUUCUCCAGGUCUGCCCAGUCUAAACGUCACUGCUACUACAAGCUCAACUAAAGCUCCCAUCCUUAUUACCACAAAACACCUGCUGAGAGACAGGACUGUGACCCAACCCUUCCCCAAGUCCACAGCUGUUGUCUCUUCUCCUGACCCUGGAGUCACCUUCCCAAAUGUGACAACUGUUACCAGGGUCUCCAUACCCAGCAUCGUUGUUCCCGUGGUCUGUGGACUCUUCAUUAAGACCCUGGUCUUCACUGUCUUGUUUGCUGUCACACGGAGGUCAUUUGGAUGA